AUGCCAGACGCGUCUCUCGGUGCAGCGAGCGGCACGCGUGGCGCGCGGGUGUGCGCGCACGUGCCGCGCCGGCACACGCGGUGGCGCGCUCGUCGCGCGGCGCGAGUGGCUCGCAGUACCGUGCCGGCGAGCGAGGAGCGCAGAGCGCCGCACGCGCCGGCAUGCGACGCUAGCGGGAGCAUGCGGCUGCCCCUGCUGCCGCUGCUCGUGCUGCCCCUCGUGCUCGUGCGCCCGGCAGCAGCCGGAAUUUGCUGGACGGGAAUGGAGCGCGGCGGGCGGUGCAGUUCAGUGGCGGCGCUGCGCGUGGGCCGCGCGGAGUGCUGCUCGGGCGGCGCGCGCGCUCCCGCCGCCUGGAGCCCGCGCGACCUCGACAGCGGAGAGAUAUUCUUCUACAAAGCUUUAUCUGGAGGCGUACCGUGUACAGCUUGUGCUGAAUCAUGUGCGGGCGUGUCGUGCGGCGCGGGGCGGCGGUGCGUGGUGCGCGGCGGGCGGGCGCGGUGCGUGUGCGCGGCGGCGUGCCGGCGCGCGGGGCCCGUGUGCGGCAGCGACGGCAAGACCUACCGCUCGCUGUGCCGCCUGCGCCGCAGAGCCUGCCGCCGCCCCGCCAAGCACCUCACUCUUGAUUACCCUGGACCGUGCCGGGUGGGAAGCUGUGAAGGAGUACGAUGUGGAGGUGAAAAGCGCUGCGUGUUAGACGCAGAGUUGGGAGCUCAUUGUGUGCGGUGCGGCGCUUGCAACGUGGCGGGCGCGCCCGUGUGCGCGGUGGACGGGCGCACGUACGCGGGUGCGUGCGCUUUGAGAAAAGCGGCUUGCGAACGCGGCAAAGCGCUGCCACUCGCCUACAAAGGAUCAUGUAUGGCGAACGCGACGUGCGCGCGGGUGCGCUGCGGGGCGGGCCAGCGCUGCGUGUCGGGCGGCGCGAGCGGCGCGCGCUGCGUGUCGUGCGGCGCGUGCGGCGGCGGCGCGCGGCGCGCGCUGUGCGGCUCGGACGCGCGCACGUACGCCUCGUGGUGCCGCCUGCAGCGCGCCGCCUGCCGCGCCGGCACCGUCGUCGACCCGCUGCACCCCGGCCCUUGUAAAGGAAACAAAAAUAUAACGGACAAUAGUGUGACUAAUGAGAAAAAUGGCGGAGCUACAGAUACAUCACGAGUCCUAUAGUUACAGACUCCUUGAAAUAGCACUGCGGUGUUUGCAUAUCUUUAUGGAGCAAGCUGGUUCGCUUGCGGAAACAGAUUUCUUCAAACAUAACCAGUGUUAAAUCUCAAUAUAGAAGAAUGCGUUUGAAAUGACAGUUUAAGAGUCUCUUAGGGUAAGGAAAUAACCAUAUAAACUGUCGAUGUUUUAGCUGUUGAGUAGAAAGCCCUAAAAACUACGACAAAUAUUUGAUACCCGAUAAAGUCUGAUUGUGGAAAAAUUUAUCGAUCUUCUAAAACGAUCUAAAAAUAAAACGAAUUCCGAUAUAAUAAAUCGAUUAGAAAAUUAUAAAUCAAAAUAGAGUUAAUAUUGGCCCAUUUAAUUCAUAAGCCCAACCCUAAUCUAGAGAAAAGUAUCAGUUUCGUAAAAUUGGUCAAGUCACUGAGCCAGUUCAUCGGAACGACAGUGUUCGUAGAUACUUACUGUAGGUUUAGUAAAAUUCUCGACCCUGUUGCACAUUUUUCGACUUUUGUAGAUAAAUAAUAUGUCUAUAGUGAUUAAUGAUUAACACUUUACAUUA